CAGACGGCUGUCCCAGCUUUUACUCCGGGAGUCUGCCAGGUCUCUGGCUCUGUGACAGGUUUUACUGAAGUUCAAACUUAAUUAUACGAGCUGCAUUGAACGUCAGGGCAAUGGGUAUAUAUGUAGUCACUGAAGCCAACAUCUGAAGCUGAGAUGGGGAAGAUGAUGCUAUGGGCUGGUUUGGUCAUUCUCCUGCAGUUGCAGCUGGGCUCUGCCUAUAAACUUGUUUGCUACUUCAACAACUGGUCUCAGUUCAGGCCAGGAGCAGCUAAAUACACUCCUGAAGAUGUGGACCCAUUUUUGUGUACCCACUUGAUUUAUUCCUUUGCUGGAAUAAAGGAUCAUAAGAUCACCACUAUGGAGUGGAAUGAUGAAACCCUCUAUAGUCAGUUUAAUGCUCUAAAGAACAGAAAUAAAAAUCUUGUCACCCUUCUGGCUGUUGGAGGUGGAAACUUUGGCAGCCAAAAAUUUACUGCCGUGGUAUCCUCUGCUGCCAACCGUAAAACAUUCAUUGAUUCAGUGAUUGCUUUCCUUCGCAAGCACAAGUUUGAUGGGCUGGACCUUGAUUGGGAAUUUCCAGCUUCCGGAGGAAGUCCUCCAGAGGAUAAGCACCUCUUCACCAUCCUGGUUCAGGAAAUGGUAGCAGCUUUUGUCAAGGAGGGUCACCAAACAGGACAUCCAAGGCUGUUGCUUUCAUCAGCUGUUUCAGGCGUCAAAGGUAUCGUCGAUACUGCAUAUGAAACUGCUGCCCUAGGAAGGAGUCUCGAUUUUCUCAGUGUGAUGACCUACGACUUCCACGGUAGUUGGAGUUCAGUCACAGGACACAACAGUCCCCUGUACAAAGGCUCGAUUGACCAAGUUCCCUUCUACAACGGUGCUUAUGCUAUGAAAUACUGGAAAGACAACGGCGUCCCAGCUGAGAAGCUCCUCAUGGGAUUUCCAACGUAUGGACGAACUUUCCGACUAUCUACUGGGAAUACUGGUGUUGGUGCUCCUGCUUCUGGUCCUGGUGCUCCCGGUGCUUAUACCCGAUCAGCUGGUGUCUUGGCUUACUUUGAGGUCUGCACAUUUUUAAAAGGAGCUACCACCAAAUGGAUUGAAGCACAAAAAGUCCCAUAUGCCUUCAAAGACAGAGAAUGGGCUGGAUAUGACAAUGAGAGGAGCUUUGAGAUAAAGGCCAACUUUAUAAAGGAGCAGCAUUAUGGGGGUGCCAUGGUUUGGGCUCUUGGCAUGGAUGACUUCUCUGGCUCUUUCUGUGGGGCAGGAGCCAACCCACUCCUAAAGAAGCUGAAGACUGUCCUUGGAGACUGAAUGCCAAAUCACUGGCCCAGGAAAGAGCACCGCCAUAAAGGGAAAACGCCUUAUUUGUUAUCUAGGGAUGCAACCAAGGUUGACUCAUCCCAAGGGCAGUUUUUAUUUUGACUUCAGAUGAUACUAGAUCCUAGUGCAGACUGAACAUCUGUGUUUCCUAAUCUGCUCCUCUAGAUCCAAAUAGCUGCAAAUAAAUCUUGGGCUCAUAAAGUCUAUGAAGCAUCAAGGGAAAGGUUGAGUUUCUACCCGAGUACUGGUAGGAGGACAGCCAUUCCUUAUGCAUUCACUCUGAUCUUGUCCCAGUUUCAAAUGCUGCCACAGGCUAUGAAUUAACACUCUCAUAAACCAGAGAUAAUUU